UCGCCGUGUAGAAGAUGGCGGACGAGUCGGCGGACGAGACAAAGCAGAGGUGUUGAUAGUGGAACAUUUUGGGCAAGAAUAACGCAUUUAUCAAGCCAACAUGCUAAUUUUGGAAGCAGCCUAACACUCGUUGACUGUCAUUAAAAGAAAACAUGGAAGACAUAGAUGUAUUCUUCAUGGAUCCCACUUUUAUUGAUCUUCAAGUUUACUGCUUGUGGUUGGAAGGCUUCUCUGAAAAUGAAGCUGCUCAGAGGAGAGAAUGUGAUGAAGUAUUCAAAAAUUUUGGUGCAUCUCAUGCCAUCAUUUCGAGUGAUACUUAUGACCAGUUUCGCUUGUUCUUCAUGUUGGAACGCUUCCUGCAGUCUCCUCCAAUGCUUGCCAAACAGAUGCUGUUACAGAUUUCACCAGAUGUUCAAGAUAUGCUUAUCGAAAAGUAUUAUCAGUUUGACAAGGAGGUAGUGCGUGAACUAUUAGGCAAAAAGUUGACUGGACGUUUGAGGAAAGACUUGGAUGACAUCAGUGAGAAGACAAAUAUACCUCUCAAAAGUUGCCGCCGACAGUUUGACAACAUGAAAAAUGUUCUGAGGACAAUAGAAGAGACUGAGGGGGGAGGACUUGCUGACACUGUAAAGAAGCUUUUCCUGCUGCCAGAUCCUUUGGCAAGGCAAUAUGCAUGCAUUAGCUUUAUGGCUAUUAAUAAGAUUGAGACAGGAAAGAAAAGGUUAUCAUACCUGACAUUUGAUGACCUUGUCUUCUGUGCCGAGCAGAUGUUAGACCACUGGACUGUUGGAUCAGUUGAAGGCUCUUCUGCUGCUGAUGUAGGAGACACGGGUGCUGAAUUUGACAGAGUUUUUCUUCAAGAGCUGAGAGAUCUGAAAGUGUUUGUCAAUGACAAAGAGAUCGUGGAGGAGCACAGGAGGUGUUUUAAAGACGUUUUGUUGUUUGAUGUCAGAUGUCCUAAGUUGCAGUUUUGCUUUUCUGUAGCUGCUGAUGUAGGAGACACGGGUGCUGAAUUUGACAGAGUUUUUCUUCAAGAGCUGAGAGAUCUGAAAGUGUUUGUCAAUGACAAAGAGAUCGUGGAGGAGCACAGGAGUUUGGUCUGCGGUGAUAUUUUCAAAAGGUUCACUAAAAAGCUUGCUAAGUCUGUGGAAUCCAAUUUUAAGAGUCUCUGUCGAGCUCUGCUUAACAUUGCUGCUGGUCUUAUCCAUAGUAAAGAAGUUAAGGAUGUCUUGAGUGACUUUGUGGAGAAGUUCAUAGAGCCAUGCAAACAGCUUGAAUGGGAUUCCAAAGAGACAGAGAUAUUUCUUAGUUCUUUAGUGGAUACAUGUAGCAAGUUGGACUCCUUACACAGGUAUGAUACUAAUUUAUUAUUCCACUAGACCGCCAUUUUAACAUAUUAGGUCAAGGUAGGGCGCAAAAUAUCCGUAUUGCACUGGCUGUAGAGUCGUAUUUUUUGUCAAGUAAAAAG